GCGGCAGGGUGGCCGACAGGCUGCUGGACAUCCCCAGGACCUUCCCUCUCGCUUUGGAUGUGGGCUCUGGGAGAGGUUACAUCGUUCAGCAUUUAACCAAGGAAAUCGUCGAAAAGCUUAUUCAAGUUGACAUGGCAGAGAAUGUUUUUAAAAAUGCUGUAGAAUCUGAAGUACCUACGAUCAACAUUGUAGCUGAUGAGGAAUUCCUUCCUUUCAAAGAAGAUACAUUUGAUCUUGUUGUUAGCAGCUUGAGUUUACACUGGGUGAAUGACCUUCCUAAAGCUUUUAGAGAGAUUCACCAAGUUCUUAAGCCAGAUGGAGUAUUUAUUGGUUCAAUGUUUGGGGGGGACACUCUGUAUGAGCUUCGCUGCUCUUUGCAGCUAGCAGAAUUAGAGAGAGAAGGGGGUUUUUCUCCUCAUGUAUCACCGUUCACUGCUGUAUCGGACUUGGGACAUCUCCUGUCAAGAACUGGCUUUAACACUCUGACUGUGGAUACUGAUGAAAUUCAAGUAAACUACCCAGGGUUGUUUGAGAUAAUGGAAGACUUGCAAGGUCAUCUGCUGUUGUGUAGAGUUAAUACCUUAAUGAAAAUAGAACUUUAAUUCCCUGCAGAAGCAUUCAGAUACACUGAAACAUAUUUUUAGGUAUGGGAGAGAGUAAUUGCUCUUGGAACAGAAAACCUCUGCUACACAGGGAUACAAUGCUGGCAGCUGCAGCAAUAUACC